AUGAAGAAACGUAAGAACGGCCGUGAAAGGCUGAGAAGACUCCAUCCAGAUCCCACACCUAAUCGACCUAAUGAAAGUAUGUGCCGGCGUCGCCGUGCAACAUUGGAACUAAGGAUGCGGAACCAGAAAAGGGCCUUGCUUCGUGACCAGAAAAAGGUUUCGGCUCAUGAUACUAGUACCUCCUCCAUGCCUCAGUCGCCACCAAGAUUGGCCUCACAGUCAGAGAAAGAAGUAGGCUCCAAAGCUUCACUGCGAGCUUGUUCUGCCCAUAUUGAAAAAUCCCCACCAGAUGAGAGACUUGAUCAUUUGAAGGGAUGUGAUCAGUAUCUGGAGGCCACGCUUGACUCUGAUAAAUUUGAUACUAUGGUUAUUAUAUGA